GGGAAGUGGUGGUUGUGUUUGGAAGCAGAGCUUGCCAAGCUGGACGACAAGAUGCUUCGCACCCCCAAGUGCUCUAGGUGCCGGAACCACGGCUAUCUGGUACCAGUCAAGGGCCACGCUGGCAAAUGCCGCUGGAAGCAGUGCAGCUGUGACAAGUGCUACCUGAUCACCGAGCGCCAGAAGAUCAUGGCUGCCCAGAAGGUGCUCAGGACCCAAGGUGCAGAGGAGCAGGUGCCUUCGGUGGGCAUACAGGGCCCCCAGCCGCCUCCUAGGGCUCCAGCCGCGGCUGCGGCGGCGGCCACCGCCUCGAGCUCCAGCAUUUGCCCACUGCCGAGGGCGGCUGUGGGAGGUGCUGGGCCAGGCCCCGCGGCCACCUGCUUCCUCGAGAGGUCCCCGCAGGCCCAGAGCCCAGGCCCGAGCGCCUUCCAGCUGGUCCCGAGUGGCCGCCCGGGCCCCAGCUCCUUCCAGCCUGGACCGGGGGCCCCCGGGGGACUGCACGACCGUCCCCCCGCGUGGCUGCCCCAGCUCAGGCCGCAGGCGCCCAGGCCCGAGCUUUGCUACCCGGAUCAGCACCUGCCAGUGCGGCCGGUGCCCCGACUGCCGUUCGCCGACUACGGGCAUCCUCUGAGAUUCAAGUCUGAUCAUGUGGUAGGAGCUGGGUACCCUGAGAGAGAGCCAUUCAAGCAGUGCCCUGCCUGCGUCCCUGUGCCACCCUACCAGCCCUUCCCACUCUCGGAAGGCCAGGAUUCAUCCUCUGCUCUGGGGGUCCCUCAACAAAGAGGCUUCCGGCAUGUCUCCUGCAGCCCCUACCAUGGAAGCGGCUUGGUGUCAGAGCCAGCCAGAGACCUGCAGCCAACCUAUUGCUCACCGAUGCCUCCGCCGCCGCCGCCUCCGCCGCCGCCGCCACCGCCACUACCACCUCCCCCAACCCAGCCACAGCAGCCGCACUUCCUCCCACCAGGCUUCCUCUCUGCUCUCCACUUCCUGCCACCGCCGCCACCGCCACCAUCUCCGCCAUCUUUCUCGCUGACCAUCCUGUAUGAUGCAGACAAGGAGCAUACCAAUGGCCAGGAUGCAGAAGCGCCCAGUGAGCCCAGCCAGCACUCUCCCCAGGAGCAGUCCAACUAAGCUGCAGGCCACCUGGAAGGUGGAAGGCCACCGGGUGGGGACGGGCAUAUAUAUAUGGCAGGGAUUAUUUUUUUUUCCACCAUGUUCAUGUUAUAUAGGGAGGAAGGAUACUGAUAGGUGUAAGAAGGCAGCUAAUUCCGACUUCAAGUUUAGAAGGAGAAAGGUGGCUUCCAAGGUUCUCUGGAUCCUGUGUGGGUGUUGAAGUGUGCAAAGGGAGAGUAUCUGGGCUGGGCAGGGCCUUUGAAGAGUGGGGGCUGGUGAAACACAAGUUUAGGAAUGAAUUUAACCAUCCUGAGUCAUGUAUGAAAUUCACUUCUAGAGGUGACCCCUGAUUUCCCCAAGCCUCACUCAGGACAGAAGGCACCAUCCAGUUCAGCCUUCUGCCCCCUUUGCCUGAACCCCAAGCCUGGGUACUGCAGACAUCAAGGCUUCCAGAUGAUGCAGGGCAGGUACCAGGGACUGCAAUGCUGACAGCAGGCUCUGCAGCAUUCCACCUUUACUCAAACACUGCCUCUUGUUCUCUUCCAGAGAAUGAGCGUCCUGAGGACUGAGCCACUUCAUUUCUCUGUGUAGCUCAAGCAAUGAUAGACAUCCUUUCUCAUUUAAAAAUGUAGAUUUUAGUAUCCAAUGUUUUUUAUGGUGGGGAACUCAUGGGCACUGAAGCAGUUCUCAGAGCAUAAAAUGGCAAUUUGUUCUCUGAGGACAGUUGAGUAUUAAAUAAAGUGAGCAUUAGAAA